AUGCAGGAUCCCACCCCGUCCAAACAACCUCGCCAGCCAUCCUCGCUGGCGUGUGUCACUUGUCGCCGCCGCCAUUUGAAAUGUGACGCUCAGAUGCCCGUGUGUGGACGCUGCCAGGCUUCGACUACCGAAUGUCGCUAUAUCCGAUCUAGGCGUGGUCUGCGCACGAAGAAUGGAACACCUCAUCCCCAGCUUCUGGAUGACAACGAGAUCGCUUUGUUUCCGGCCAUUGACCCGGAUGCCUUUCCUGACUGGCUGAGUGCCACGACAAUGGCUUCCGAGCUGGUAGAUACAAGCCAAGCCCUCUUCCAGCCCGUCAGUACCUCUCCGGCGAUAGAGAUUCCCCAGAUACCAGAUGCCGCGCUCGCCUGGCCAGAACCGGAUAAUGCUAUCACGCCGGAAAUCGCCUAUGAUUCAAUGAUCCAGCUCUACUAUCAGAGCUUCCAUCGCUCGCAUCCCCUGCUGGUUCCACGGAAGGCACUGCAUUCUUCGCUAUGCGGACGAAUACCUCCUUAUAUCAUAUCAAUAAUGCGCUUCAUCGGCGCCCACUACCACUCAGAUAUAUCCCUCAGAGAGCUCUUCCGCCAAUCGGCUUAUUCCGUGCUCUCCGAGUCAACACCGCGGAACGGGUACAAGGUACAGGGAAUGGUGUUGCUUGCCAUCAUUGACCAUGCGCAUGGCACCGAAGACAGCGCCAACCGAACGAUGCAAGAAGCUGUUAACCUCGCGCUGGAACUGGGCAUGAAUCGCGCGGCGUAUGCGACGGAUCACUCCGAGGGAAACUCGAUACUCGAGGAGAGCUGGCGCAGGACUUUCUGGGAGCUUUAUUGUGUCGACGGCUACCUGGCGGGUAUGCGGGACCAGACAUCUUUUCGAUUGUUCCAUCAGAAGGCGGAGGUUAAGCUACCUUGUGAUGAAGGGCUGUAUAAUUCUGGACAUCCAGUCAUAUCCAGCAACCAAACCCUCAAAGAUCUGGUGAACAGCUGGUCGUUCAAUGGUGAUGAGCAAAGGUUCUCCUCAUUCGCGUAUCGAAUCAACGCUGCGCGUUUGCUAGGAAUGGUCAUGGAACUGAACCGAUCACUGGAGGUCGACAUCGAGUCACAGAUCGAGGUCCUGGACGCAUCCCUAGUGACGUCCCUCAUGCAACUGCCGUCAUGCCAGAACGAGGUAUAUGGCGCCUCAAGCCUAGACGAAAUGACUUUCCAGGCUGAAAUGACGAGUUACCUAGCACUUAUCUACCUCCACCAUCCUCGCUCAAACAUGCGCUUUGCUUCAAUCCACGCCCACACUCCCUGCACGCGACUUCCCGCAACAACCGAACCCUCUCUCCCCUCCGCCACCCUCGACCUGCAUUCCCAGAAGCUCCUCCGUGCAGCAGAUAUGCUCUCAAACCUCGCCACGCUCCCCAACCCGGUCAAAUACCGUACCCCGUUCUUCACCUGUGCCCUGGCGAUGUGCGUGGUGGUGCACACCGUUGCGUGUCUGUUUGUGCCGGCGCCGGAGAAGCCGGAGUCCAUCAAGGCGAGGAUUCAGCUGGGCGUUGGCGCGUUGCAUGUGCUUGGCAAGAUAUGGCCGCUGGCGAAGACCGUUAGGCAGCGGUUGAUUAACAUGUAUCAGGAGGUGGGAUUGCGGUGUCCGUGA